AUGCUGGCCUUAUCGCCCAUAGAGUGUGUGGUGACCGCUCUGACGUAUAACCGGUCACUGGCGCUGUACGACAGGUCGUUACACCAGUGUUUACUGUAUGACGACAUCAACGAGACAGAGAUGUCUGACGGGAUGGGAGUCCUCUUUAUACAGGAUGGAGAGUUGAUAUCAUCACUGUGUCGACAGAAAUGUGGUGGAGAUGUUGAUUGGGAUGGUGGAAUAUUUAAUGAUGGAGGAGAAGUGGAAAUUAUAGUUCCUAGAUCAUGUGGUGCUGAUAAACGCCGUGUCUCCCGUCUUCGAGCAUGUCGCCCCAAUCGUCUCGAUUCGCAGCCUCGCCUUAAAGGAGGAACUCGUAAACCUUUAGUUCUUUAUGAUGUCGCAAAUAUGAAAACGUGCGGAGACCUUGAUCCCGCAAGAAAGUCUGGAGUGUAUCGUAUAGCACCUAUACCAGGGAACAGCUUCGAUGUGUAUUGUGACGUGGAUAGUGAAGGAGGUCCUUGGACUGUCAUACAAAACCGACAAAGCAAAGAGGUGGACUUCUACAGGAACUGGGAUCAGUACAAAGACGGAUUUGGUGAUCUUCUCGGGAACUUCUGGCUAGGAAACGAUCACAUACAUACACUGACCGCGACCCCAUGUAUUCUCCGUGUACAAGUGGAAACUGUACGUGGAGCAUUUUGGUAUGUUGAAUACUCGACAUUCCAGAUUUCCAGCGAGGCCGAAGGUUACAAAUUGUCGCUAUCUGGCUUCAGUAGAAACGUCAUUUUUGAAGUCGCCUUUGCCUUUACCACCAUCCACAAAUUAUUGGAGGUAAAAACAAUUGACUACGGAACAUUACAGAACAGCGACGAUCUGAGUAUGAUGGCUAUAUCGCCCAUAGAGUGUUCAGUGACCGCUCUGACGUAUAACCGGUCACUGGCGCUGUACGACAGGUCGUUACACCAGUGUUUAAUGUAUGACGACAUCAACCAGACAGAAAUAUCUGACGGGAUGGGAGUCCUCUAUAUACAGGAUAUGCAAACGUGCGGAGAUCUCGAUCCCACAAUGAAAUCUGGAGUGUAUCGUAUCACACCAAUACAAGGAAACACAUUUGAUGUGUAUUGUGACAUGGAUAGUGAAGGGGGUCCAUGGACUGUCAUACAGAACCGUCAAAGCAAAGAGGUGGACUUCUACAGGAACUGGGAUCAGUACAAAAACGGAUUUGGUGAUCUUCUCGGGAACUUCUGGCUGGGAAACGAACGUAUACAUACACUGACCAAGACCCCGUGUAUUUUCCGGUUAGAAAUGGAAUCUUUGAAUGGGACAGUAGGCUACGCCGAAUACACAUCUUUCCAGAUUUCCAGUGAGGUCGAGGGCUACAAACUGUCCGUCGAUGGCUAUAGAGGAAAUAUCAGAUAA